AUGGGCGACUUUCCACCGCUUGAGCGAACCAGUGUGAAAGCAUCUGAACUCGUACAUCGCGCCGUUGACAGGAGUUACGAGGACUUUCGCACACUCAUGCACCAAUUGCCUACGAUGCGCGAGAAUGACCGGCGUGAGCCGCUAUUGGCACAUAUACAGAGCUCGCGUAAGCGUUUUGCACAAAUUUUGGCGCUGCUGAAAUGGUCAGUCCAAUCACCACUGCUACAGCAAUGCAACACGUUGUUGCAGCAAACAGAGUUAUACCGAAAUAAUGUGAAUGAGACAAACGAUCGACUUUUUUUCAUGCACGCAGAUUUAAAUCGCGCCAAGGAACGCCGGUAUGAUCUCAGCACAGCUGUCGAUGUGCUUUAUGGACAAAGCUACCUACGCUUGCCUACCAUUAUCAGGAAUGCCAUGUUUCCACGAGAAAUGCCUGAGGUGGAUACGGAAGAGGCCACUAAAGAAGUUGCGGAUUUCAUUCGCUUUCGUCUAAUCGAAGCAGAAAUUCCAGAGCAAUUUUCCAAUGUUAAGCUAGAUGGAGGUUUUGUUACAUGUCAAGCUGAAGGCGAGUUUGAAAUUGUUUUGACAAUUCAGGGCAAGGAUAAGGACGCCAAAUGGAAGGUUAUUGAUGUGAACACAGCUCUUACAGAUACACAGUCUUUUGAGGAGCACUCUCGGGCAGCAUCUACGAGUGCACUGCACAUAAUUCGAACAAAUGCGCCAAAUGCAGCACAUUACAACCAUUUGAAGAAUUUGUUACAACGUGUCAUGAACAAGUCGACAAAACCAUUCGUGGAUGCGUUUACUGUAAUGCGAGAGUUUUGUUCCUCUUUGGCCUUGCAAAUUCUGGCUUCGCAGGGUAAAUUGCUAUCGGAAGGUCGCUGGAAGAAUCGCAUAAUGAUACAACAUCUUCGUGAACAAAAUGCUUUGGACAUUUGCUAUUGGCCUAAUGCAUGUGUACGGAAAGAGACGCAGAUAAUUACAGAACAACAGCGGAUGCUUCAACACUUAAGUGAUCCGGUGGCUACAACGAGGAAAGGAUCAGUAUUGCCAUUUCCCGAAUCAAGCUUGUGCAUUCGACUGGGCUUCGACCCUGACAAGAAGAAGCUUUUAUCUGUGUGUCUAAGUCCUUCGCUUCCACCGAAUCUGCCAGGUUGUGCGUCGUUGUUAAGCGCACUGGAGGUGCCUUCAAACAUGUUCCUGCUGAGUGCCGAAAAUCUGCUGAUUGCUGGUAUGCGAGCGCAUGUUUCAGCGGCUCUUUUUUCCAUCGGUCGAUUGCUUGUCGUUGAUUCUCCGGACGAGAGAGGUGUUACACAAUUGGUGUCUGGGGAAAAUGUUGUAAUGGUCUGCUCGGACACGAGCUUGCAGAUUGCGCGGGCUGAUAUUGGCGGUCUCCAGCAAUUUUUAGAGGUAACGUUUGAUAUUCGUGAGGGUCAAUUUAUUGCAAGUACAGUUGCUGCGGCGAAGAGCUCUGCGCUUUAUGUCACGGUGAAGCAACUUGAACGAAUGCUGAACACGCAAUGCAAAAUUGAGGUUGGCGGGAAUGUCAAUAAGGGAAUUCCAAAUGAGUUUGCGUUGGUUUCUGGUGACGGAAAAGGUGAUAAAUCGGGUGACUUGAUUCACACAAGCGUUCGAAAAGCUUUGUGCGAGAUUGUGGCGGACGAGGUUGCCCAAAUUGGCUCUUCAUUCAAGAGUAUUGACGUGUUGCGUAAUGUGAAUUUAAGCUGGGAUCGGUAUCUCGCUUUUCGCCAACAACAUGGCGGGCAGAUCGAAGACUUGUCCAUUUCAAGCACGGCGCUAUACUUUCAGCUCACAUCCUCGAAGGAAUCUACGUGCUAUCUGGUCGUUGAAAUCGAUAAGUAUGGCGAGGUGGAUGGCAUGAAUGGAAAUGUGCAUGAAGCAGCAGACGAUGAGGAGUAUGUACGGCUGCCAUGCUUCUCGUUGCUGCAAACAAGUGCAGGCAUGCCGGGACAGCCUUCAGGUGUGCAGUUUAUACAACGCUUCAGUGCUUUUAAAAAAGAAGCUCUGCAUCCGUCCGUAGCCCGACAUAACGAGAUGGGUUUAGCUGGUCCUUGUGGCAGAAGUCGAAAGCGUUUUAAUGCGUCCAGUGGAAUGUUCGAAAAAUCAACCAUGAGGACGUCGAAAAAGAUGAAACUUGAUGGCGGCCGAGUGCAAGAGAAAUCCGGCUACUGGCAUGAUGGCGGUAAAGUGCAAGAAACAUUCGGCUACUGGCAAGAUGGUACCGAACAUCAAACCGAUUCCCGCAAUUUGGUUCCGCAUAUUGCCUCUGUAUUACUCCACGCAAUACAUAUGUGCAGCGAAAGAAUACAGCUACAGCACUUUGUCAACUUUGCUCGAAGGCGCAAAUCGAGGAUUCGGUACUCAGGUGAAGCUGGUACGUCAAAUAGAAAGGGCACAGGUGGUCAAGUGGUCACACUGUCGUUUCCAGAAAAGGUCAAUACAGAUCCAUUGAAGAUUGUUGCUAUUCAAGGCCACUUAAAGCAUGAAGGGGGUUUUGAGUUGUGCUUGCAACUCGAAUCACCACCAUUCACGUUCAUUCAAGCGCAGAAAUCAGAUAAGCGUCUGCUUUCUGAGCGUUCACACUACGUGAACGAGCGCGGUCAAUUGAUUUUUAAGUAUCCUACAACGGCUGUGACAAGCGAACUAUUUAGUGAAAAUCCGCUGGAAAUGUUUAUGGUUGAACUCAUUUGCGUCGUAAGACCACUUUGUGAACUCGCAAGAAAACUUGAAAAGGUGCUGACUGCCGUUGGACGAUACUCUAAUGACAUCAAAAGCAACGGUCAGUUUUUUGUGGAAAGCGCCGACCCUUUCUCGAUAGUCUUGGCGUGCCGAGCGCCUAACCCAAGGCAUUGCAUUGCUGCUGGGUCUUCACCUGAUGGUAUAACGACGUACCGUGUGACAGUGCAUUUCAAGCAGAAAAUGGGCUUUGUGGUCAAUUACAGCCAUAAAACGGAGCAUCCUUUAAUGCACUUUAUCCAGUCAGCUUUGAAUGGACACAGUGACCCUGCACAAUUUGUUGAAGCUUUGGAACGUACAUGCAUCCCGAUGGGCAUCUUAGCUAGCGUUGUAGAGUCCCAGCUUUUGUGCGCUAAAUACUACCGUCAAGAUCUUCCUCUGAAAAACGGCGCUGUUAAUGGGGACGUCAAAGCUUUUAAUCGUGGCAAAAUGGGUGGAAAGGGAAUGAAACUUGGCUACAAGUUCAAGCUACCAGGUGAGGAAAAAGACUACUACGCUGAAAAGUCAUACGGUGGAGACGACAAGUCCUUCGUGCCUGCUGAAUUGGUGAUGAUUCCACGGUCGCAAACGCAGGUUCGUCUGUCAUAUGGAGACCGUUGCGCCGUUGAUAUUUAUUUUCUGGAGAAUCAUUCGGUGAGAAUGCAGAGCUCACCUGGCGGUGUUCGUGUACCAAGCUGUCCGUCUGAAAAAGGCAUAGUCACGGAUUGUCAAAACUUUGCUGAAAAGCUGCGCAGCACGUUAUCAGAAAUGGCAUCGGCUUAA